CGGGCAUGGCUCUCCAGGGUCACAUAAAAGGGGUCUGGGCUCAUCAAGCCUUCCGAUGAGCUCUUCUUCAGGCACGGCUCAUUGAAAAAUCACUCCUCCAGGAAAACAAAGAUGCCACAGAAUAUCCUCCUUCCCCAGGGUCUCUUGCCCACCACGUCGAUGCGCCUGGGCCGUUUCAUAGUGACCGUCGACGACCCCCAUUUGUCGCCGUUUCAUGAUCCAAAAAUCGAAGUCAGGCCGGACAGCGACAUAUUCAAAUCGACGUUUCUGAACUACGAUGGAGACCAGCAGGCCGGCUCCGGCAACAAGUUCGCGGCCGGUCUUCCAAGCCUUCUCAACGGGUCAGUCACGAGGAAGACUGGAAGGUCGUGCGCGGUCCGUGCCGACAGCGUGACAACCUACCAACUCAUAAACCCAGUUCCCCGAUUCAGAGAAGCGGUGAGAGAUGAUGCGACGCGUAAGUGGUUCGAAGGGCGGAAAGACGAGGGUUGUGACGACUUCUAUUUCGUGGUCGGCUACCACGUCAUGGCCAACGCCGUUAUCGAGAUAGGCAAAGAGAAGAGCAGUGGUGCCUCGGGACGGCUCAACGUCCCGGUUUCCAUGGCGCUUGCCGCUGGGGGCAUUCCGCUCCCCGUCGGGGGCAUCACGGACCCCCAGUUUGAGGCGGAAUACGAGAGAUCUCGAGGAGGCACUGUCCGAUUCGAAGCCCCCGGUGAGCGUGUUUCCGCCCUGCAAUACCGCAAGGUCUCGUUCAAGUGGUUCUCCAGCAGGAACAUCGACAGAGCCACCCUGGCCAAAGAUAACGUGUGGGAGAGUCUACUCAGGGUGAAGGGCGAGACAGGGGAGGAGGAGGAGGAGGAGGAGGACAUGGCCCAAGUGGAGCUAGAGGAGGACGAAGAAGAGGGAGACAAGACUGUCGCCGAGAACUUGCGCUAAGAUGGUCUCGGAAAAUGGUGUUUGUAAACUAGUGUUCAACGACAACGACAAGCUCCUCUUUCCCAGCUCCUUUGGCAUCCCCCCC